GACUUUAAAAUUUUGAGGUUAUUUCGAAAGUUGUCGGGAACGAGGAGAGUAGUUGUUACAAGAUAUUGCUAAAGAAUAUUUUAUUAAAAUGACAUCCCAGUUUGACCCAGAUGGAAGAUAUUUCGCCCAAAUAUCCGAUGAUGGAAUUCUCAAAAUUUGGAAUACUGCUGCUAACUCAUUAGAACAGGAAUAUGUACCAGAUAUACACUUAGUUUCUCCAUGCACAUGUUUACACUUUGUUGAAUGUUUACAAAAUUCUAGAGAGAAUGGGUCUCCAAAAAAUAAAAAAAGGAAAAGACGAGAAUUUUCCAGUGAAAUAUUGCUUGGCACAUCUUCUGGUAAAUUAUUAAUAUAUUCAAUUUCAAAGGGUGACAUCAAAUGUACUAUUGAUGGUAACAUCAGUUUACCAUUGAGCUGCUUAUCACCAAAUUUGGAAGACAUCGUUUAUUCUGGAAUGGGCAACAGUGUUGGUGUUUGGAAUAUUCGACAACGCUCGUUUUUGAGGGAAUGGAAAGUGGGAAAUGAUAAAAUUUCUGCUAUUCUUGCAAUUCCUAAUUCAAAGAAGCUAUUGACUGCAUCAAAAAGUAUAAAACUGUGGAAUUCAGAAGAUCGAACGCUGCUCAAAACUUUUACAGGGCAUUCUUCAGAUGUAAAUUUCUUACAUUGUAUACCCAAUUAUGAUUUGACUGAACCCAAAUAUGUGAUUAGUGGUUCUAAGAGUGAUAGAGUAUUAAACUGCUGGAAUAUAAGUGAUGAUGUUAAAGAGGUUAACACAACAGCCUCUUUACUUUCAGAAGAUUAUGUUUAUAAUAUUUCGUUACAUGCAAACGAAGAUGGUUCAACUAAACUGUCUGCAUCUGUUGCAAAUGGUGCAGUUCAUAUAUUUGAAGUGGCUUUCAACGGGCGGUGCAUCAAACCAAUUAAGCCUAAAUCAACUAUCAAGGUUGUAGCUGAUACUGGACAAGAAAAAAAAGGGGCUAUACUACCCAUUUUAAUUUUUUCUAGUCAUUUCAGAAAAGAGAACUCAUUAUUGAUUGCUCAUGGUAGCAAUUUAGUUCUCACAUUUGAGGAACUGGAAACCAGCAACAAAAAGUUGGUAUGUCUUCUGAGGCAGCAUCCACAUACCAAAAAACCAAGUGAUGUACAAAUAGAUAAAGUAAUUACGCCAAUUAUAGGAAAUAAUGCCACUUAUCUGACGCCAUACAGCAACGUUUCUGCGGUCACAAAGAGAAAGUUGGGUAGUUCUCCAGAAAUAACUAUGGAGAGGAGACUAGAAAAUCUAACAUUUAACAAAGAUGUUGGUUCUGUACCUAGAAGUAACAAUAUGGCGCAUUUGUUGCUUCAGGGUCUGAGGAGCAAAGAUAAAAGUAUAAUUGAAACUGUACUACAUUCAGCGAACGAAGAAAUAAUUAGGAAUACAUUAGAAACGAUACCGAUUAAUGUUAUAAUGGAGUUGGUCAGUCAGCUGGAAACUUUUAUUCAAGGAUAUAAUGCGCAAGCUCGAGCUGCAGCAGUGUGGUUGAAACUUUUAUUAGAGGUACAUGUAUCCCUAUUUAUAUCCAACCCUGAGUUACCCACAAUUUUUGCUCACAUAAGAAAAUGCACGCAAAAUCGGUUAGCUUCCAUAAUCGAUAAAAGGAAAUUCAAAAUGAAGCUGGACUUGUUGCUUUCUGGGAAAGUUAAUAAAACGUCUAAUGACGUUCAGGAAAAUGAAGAUGAAGCGCUCAUAUUCAAUGAUAGAGAUUCAAGUAGUGAAUCAGAGGCAGAAUCUAAAGAUUCAAGCGAUGAUGAAGAAUUCGACAUGGAUAUUGACAGUAUGGAAGAGGAAUUAUCAGAUUGAAAGAAAUUGUUUUGUAUAUUCUGUAAAAUAAAGUUUUUUAUAAAAAA